UUCACAAUUUUGAUUAUUUCCAUUAUUCUUUCAGGUGGUGUUUCAUGCCUAAGAAGCUGGAAGGGAAAGUAAAGUAUGCAUCUUACCAUAGAUGAUGUAUAUGGAAGAAUUGGACAUUUUGGAAACAGACAAAAGAUUUAUUUUUUUGUACUCUGUAGUCUCAAUGGAUGGUGUGCAUUCCAUCAGCUGUUAACUGUAUUUGUUGGGACUUCAAGGUCUACUUCUUCUGAGGGAGGGUUGAUUCAGAAAAGACUGCAUGCUAAGGAGCUGUCUCAUUGGAGUUUGUACCUGAAUGAAUACUGCUAACACUAACUUGAGAUGUAUAUAAGCCAGCAUGGGCUUCUUGCUAUAACUGAAUGAUAAACUGUGAUUUUUCUAACUUGAAGUGCAAUGACUUUUUGCAACCACUUGUGAAAGAACAGUUGUGUUAUUUCCAUACAUGCAAAAUACACGAAGUGACAAGAUAGAAACAAUUGAGUGAAUAUUAGGUGUACACACAUCAUUAAGAUUACCAUCAGCUCAUAAUCAUCUAUUCAGAAAACAAACACACUGAAAGGCAAAGUGAUCACUGUGCUGUUGUACAAUGCAAUAUACAGUGGAUGAUGUGUUUGAAUUGAUUGGACAGUUCGGAUGGAGCCAGAGAACAUACUUUCUCCUCUUAGGUAUUCUUCAGAUCUUCGUGGCUCCUCAAAUGCUCCUUAAUGUAUUCACUGGAUUAGAUCCAUCCUUUGAAUGUUAUGAGAAAAAUGCAAGUAGUACAGCGAAGCCUCUCAUUAAUAAGUGCAUUAACAAUGACCCACAAGAGUGCAGACUAUCCUACACAUCGGAGUACAAAUCCUUUGCGUCAGAGUUAUGUUCCUGAGAGCCCACGGUGGUUGGUGACACAGGGCAAAAAUGACGAAGCAAAAGUUGUUCUAGAGGAUAUGGCCAAGAAAAAUAGAAAGAGCAAAGAACUGCCUAGUCACUGGGAGUUGAAGUCAAGCGGUGGGAAGAAUAAAGAGAAGAAAUCAAAUGGUGUCAGGGAUUUGGUCAGCCAUCCGUAUGUUCUACUUCUUACUUUAAUCCAGAUAUUUUCAUGGUUUGUAAAUAGUUGUACCUACUAUGGGUUGACAAUGGCUGCCAGCAACCUUGGAGGAGAUGUGUACAUUUCUACAGCUCUUAGUGGAUUGAUAGAGAUUCCAGCAUGUAUCACAGCUGCUGCAGUUAUUGAUAGAGUUGGUCGACGAAUAACUUUAUGUACAGCUAUGCUGUUGGGAGGAACAGCCUGUGUUUUAAUUUUUAUACCAGUAAAGUAUGUUACAGUUAUAACUGGACUUGCCCUUUGUGGCAAAUUAAGCAUUUCUGCAAGUUUUUCUGUUGCUUAUGUGCAUAGUGCUGAAAUUUUUCCCACCAUUAUUCGGAACUCGGCUGUUGGCAUUGUUUCUGUUGCUGCAAGGGUUGGUGGCAUAGUUGCUCCCUUCAUCCUUAUGCUGGGUGACUUCAUUCCAAAUAUGCAAUUUACCGUCUUUGGCUUAAUGACAUUCUUAGCGGGAGUCCUGAACCUGAAGCUGCCCGAAACAUUGGGGCAACCAAUGCCUGAAAACAUAGCAGAUGUCAUAGCAUUCCGUAACAAUGAGAAGGUAGUGAAGUCAGGUAAGAAGUACCAGAAACUGAACAUGGUCGAUGAAGAGGUGGGGGCUGAGACUGUAAGGCCUCGCACCCCUACCAAGAAGGGGAAGUUAGAGAAGACCAAGAACCCCUUCUGGAAGAGUAACAGCUUAAUGGUCUUGGAUGUUUUUGACGAAAUUUGCGUCACCUGUACAGAUAUGAAAGAAAGAGAUAGUAUUAGUGUCAGUAUGACCGUCCACAUCUGCUUGGUCUUUGUGGAGACCAAAACUCCUCACUUUUAUGUAUCUUUGGUAAAAUAUGACAGGGUGUUUUCUGUUACAACAGAACUACAAGAGUGUAUGUUUCUAAGAAAAAUCUUCAUUACUGGUUAUUAUAAGCCUAAGGGGAAGUGGAAAGCAGAAGGGUUAAAAAAGAGAAAGAGAAAGAAAAAGGGAAGAGAAGAAAAUGUGCAAAAUUAUCAGUCGAAGGCCCAGGCCCAAGGCAAGGGUGAUCUUCAGCACUGGGUCCUACGACCAUAUCCUAGGACUUUGUCAUCGCCAUGGUCUUCCUGUCGAUGCGACCGUUGCAAGAAACAGACAAUGACAAUACCGUAUCCCUCGUCACCUUUCCAACAUGACCGCGAUUCCUCAGAAUGA